AUGCACAGAUACUAGGAAACAGACAGGUUGUCUCAACUUUCUCAACCUACUAAAAGAUCGAAAAAGUACACUUAAAAUCAAUCAUUAAUGGUGAUGUCUAGGUAGUGGUUCGUUUUAUAAAUAAAGACUGUAUGACAAUCAUUUUAAUCGUGAUCUCCAUGGGAACCCUUGGAUUUCUCUGGGCACCUUCAAAUAUGAGUAUUUAUGUAUGAUUGAUUGGGUCUAGCCGUAUGAUCAAGUAUGAGCAUUCAGAUGCAGGCUUAUCAUACACGAAUGUGAAGAUAAAGAAGUUACGAACAUUUUAAGAACUGUGGGAGAAAAAUGAGGAGAUUCAUAAUAAAAGUGAACAACAUCAGGGAUUUCGAGAAUUCAGAGAAUUCAGGGAUAUUUCUGAAGAGGACGUGAUCGUAACAAUUGAAUAUUGGUAUACGAAUAUGUUAAUGCAGUACAAAUUGUCAUGAACACACAGGAUCUACCAAGCAUGAUGAAACACGCUAUCUGGCAUAUGCGCAACAACUAAAAAAUGAAAUAUUGAAGAGAUUUCCAAUUGUCAAGGUCAUCUUGAAGCCUCUUCUCUACGAUCAUUUUGAUCAUAGUAUCGACACGAUGUUUCUACAGAGAAGAUUAGGUAUGCACAUCCCCUUCAUUAAUUCAAGGUUGCUUCGAAGUCUAGGUGGUGUCCAAAUAGAAGGGACAGUUGAGGUUCGCCGUAAUAGGAUCGAAAUUAAAUUCAAAAGCAUGGCCCUAAAUACCCAGCAUAAUUAACAAAUUGCCAUAAUAUUUUAAGAAGGUUUCAUUCAAUAUAGAUUUGAAAUACGCUGAUUCUGAUCAGAAAAUCAAAAACACCGAUGUCAGAAUCCAACCCUACCGUCCCACACAACAGAGAACUCAAAGCCUGAUGUGUAUCCAAUAUCAUUAAAUAUUGAGUCACUUCCAGAACCAACAAAAUCCUCAGACCUCAUAGCAGUCAAUCCAGACCCAAAUCAUCAUAUUCCAAUCUUUCUGGGCAAACUCAAAAGACCGUGAAAGAACAAGAAGAAUCAUCAUACAAGAUAGAAAGAACUAACCAGGAUGGCAGAAUCACCUUGACUAAUGUACCCUUGGAUGUGUAUGAAGUAAUAAUUGAAGAAACCAAUGACUUCUUAAGGAAAACACAUGUAAUUCGAAUUAAUAUUGCUUUGUUUAGCUCAUUAAUUUAUUUCAAUUAAUUAGUGAUAACCUAACUCUUGAUUAAGUUAUUCCAUUAUGCAAAUAAACACACUCAUGCAUUGUUGUUACUGUAAAUUGUGAAAUGGCUCCAAUAACAGAGUGCAGAGUAGAAAUCAUCCCUCUCAAAGGAGGAAAAGAAGCUGUACUUAAAGAAUCUCCACCUGGAAGUGCCAAAUAUGAAAUUGUAGUCGAGCCAAACUAAUUCUUCAUUUACAUCAAGAAAAUAGGAUAUCAAGUUUUUAAAGAGCAAAUACAAACCAGUCCUGGAGUUUGUGAAUACACCUACACUAUAGAAAAAGUCAAUCAACCAGAAGAAGGUUAUGAUCCUGUCAAAGAUGCCUUAGAGAAAAAGAAUUAAAUCAAGCCUUCGAAUGAUCUAAGAAUUAGGAAACCCAAGUAUUUGCAACCACCUUCUGGAUAACAAAACGAAAUCAACCUCAUAUAAUUCUCAUUUAUUGAUUUAGUAGAGAAGACCCCAGUCGCUAAUGUAUACAUUAAAGUUGUGGAUGAAUCGAAUAAGAAAUUGUACAGUUACAGAUCAAAUGAGUAUGGCAUUUGCAAGGCAUUAAUACAGAAGAAGAGUAUUUUAAGCUAAGAUUUAUUUUAGUUACCAAAGGUAGAAUCAUAAUUACACAUCCUUACUAUUAUGAUAUGAGCAAGGAGAUCAAUGAGACUUAAACCAUAAGUUAAAACCCUAUUACCUAUUACAUAAUCCAGAAACCACAAUAAUACUCAUUGAUUGUCUUAAUUGUAAAUAAGCCAAAUGAAGAAUUCUUGAACUUCUACAUCAUACAGGAGAGUAAUUUAUUAUUACUAUGAAUAGAUAAAAAAGUGAUUUAAGAAGACUAAGACAUCUAAUAGAUUUAAAAUCCAAAGGAUGGAAUCUAAUUGAUCAAAUUCUUGAAUUUGCAAAAUAAGAAAGAUAUCUUACAAUUGGUGGCCUGUUUACCUAGAUUAAAAAUGGAUUAGGUCGAGGAGAUGUAUGUUUUAACUCCCGAUCGAAUUGAGAAAUGCAAUCUACCUACUCUCGCAGAAGAAUAAGGGAUGUUAAAUCCUUAUUUUUGGAUAUUGGGGAGUUUAAAAGAGCCAUAUGAAACAUUUGAUGUAGUAAAUUAGAUUGUUUUUACAAAUCAACUAAAAAGCUAUCCAAACUUAACCAAAACUUAAUUUGAUGCAGAAGUCAUCUAAUGUGCAUUCUAAUCCCCAAAUUUGAUUGUAGCUGCUAACUAAAAAAAUGGUAGUGUAAGCAUAUGGAAUUUGGAUAAUUAUCUAAUUGAUAACACAAUAAAUAAUGUGUUGUCUGAUGCUGCUAACUCCAUUAUUAUUUGGGAUGAUGACAAUGUGAUGCUAAGUGAUAAUAAUGGUUAAAUAGCCUGGCUGAGAAAAAACGAAGAGUCUCAAUUUGUUCUAUUAACAAGUCUCUCUAUUAAUAAGAAGAUCAAUACCAUGAGUAGAGUAGGGUCUGAAGGUUUAGUUUUAGGGAGUGUCGAUGGGAAGUUGAUCUUAUUGAAAGUUGAUUAAAGAUAGCUGUAAAUAAUGAUAGAUUCUGAGAUAGAGGUAGAAUAAGCAACUUAGACUGUGGAACCAAUUAAUAGGAUAGUCUCAAUAACAAAUGAUUAGAUUGCUGCUUUAAGUGAUGGCAACAAAUCAAUCUAUAUUUAUAAGGUUGAAAAGUCCCUUGAUAAGCCUCUUAAUGCAACUUAACUCAAGUCAAUCUAAAUUAAAGGGUAUUAAAGCAGUGGUAAGCCAGUGUUGCAGAUUCUCAACUUGGAAUAAAAAUACUUAGUAUUCGGAGGAUUGGAUGGAAUACUACAUACUCUCAGUAUAGAUUCUCAUGAAAGGGGACCUAACAUCACUCUAAACUCGGAUUUAUAAGUGAAUAGUGUGUUAUAGAAUGAAGAUGGUGUCCUUAUUACUUAAGGUAAUUUUAUAACAUUUAUUCAUUUAUCUGAAUCUAUUUAAGAUUUAAAACUAUAAAAUCAUAGAUAUUUUUAAUCUCCUGUGAAAUUGUAUGGUGGAGACUGUGUGGUUUACGAGAAAAGAUUGUUGACAUUUACUACUUAAGGGAAGAUGGUGGUUUGGUCACUCUAGGAUAAAUAAUUUCCAAACAUAAGUAAAUUUUUGGUGGAUUCCGAAUUCCCUCACAAUCUAAAACCUGAUCGUUGUUCCUAUUUGCUGGUUGACGCAGCAAUACCAAAAGAGAACUUUAGUGUGUAUUUGAUUAAAGAAAACGGAGAAACCAUGAAGGAAUCGAAUUAAAUAAUAACAUUCGAAAGAAAGGAGAAGUACUUUUAUAUCGAGAUUGACUAAUCACAAUAGUAAGGAUUAUGGAGAUUGGGAGCAUAACUAUAGAACACCGAGUUGAUUAGAUAGAGACAACCUAAAAUCUAUUUUAUUUAACCUCACGGAUUCCAAGUCCUAAAUUUUCCAUAAUAAAUACCCAGUAGUCGUAAGUAAAUUUACCAUUGGUUUAUUGGAACUUUAAUUCCUAAUAUUGAAAUGCUGAAAACUUGUGCCUUGUACACAGAUACAUAGAUAGUCGGGAGGUUUCCGUCUUUAGAAUUGAUAAAGCAUGAAGGCAAAAUAAAUUAAAUGAUCUUUAUAAAUAAAGAUGAAUUUAUUACUGCAGGGGAGGACAAACAAAUAAUAGUGUGGAAUGCUUAAAAGUUCAGCAUCAAUAAGGUUUUGUAGCAUGAGGCAGAAAUAUUGAGUGUGCAUAUCCAUAAUGGGAUGGUGUUGGCAGGAAAUAAGGAGGGCACUGUGAUUGGGUGGAAAUAACAUGAUAAUAUAUGGUAGAUGGAUAUCAAAUUCAAAUUUCAUGAGAAGGGUGUGUAUUCCAUCAUUUAUUUGGAUGGCAGCAUAGUCACAUCUUCUGAGGAUAGGAAAAUACAACUAAUUAAUUACACGACUGGUGCUUUGGAACAUGCUGAACCUGUAGACAGAACCUUUGUGAUCUCAAUGGUUGCCUACAAUAAAGAUUCCUUUGCAGCUGGAUUCCCAGAUGGAAGAGUGAAGACCUACAAAAGAGUAUAUAACUAUUUAAAUGUCAAUAGGAAAAGACCGGUCCAAAAAUAAUCCUCAAGACAUUGCGCACAGUUGUCACGACUAAGGUGUAGCACUUGUACCUGAUAAGUAACACUCAAGUAUUGGUUGGGGGAAUGGACAAACUGGGAGAGAUCUUGAAUGUUGAGUAAGGAACCAAAUUAAAGUAAUUAAUCACAGCAUUACUCAAAUAGAACCUUAAAAGAUGGUCACACUGGCUAGAUAUUAUGCAGUCUCAUCUACAGUAAACACCUCAUUACAGGUGGUUCAGAUGGGAGAUUAAGCAUUUGGAAUCCUGAGAAAGGAGUGCUCAUUAAAACAUAUGAGUUGACGAAGGAAGAGAUUAGAGCCUUGUUGAUCGUGGGACGAUUGCUGGUAACUGCAAGUAUGGACACACAUCAUUAUUAGGCUCUAAUGGAACAAUCCGGAUAUGGCAAGAAAUAUGUCCAUUUAUUGAAUAGAUCCCUCCAGAAGAAGAACCAGAACAGUAAUAGUGAUUUAUAUAAUUCAAUAAAAU